AUGGAUUUGAGAGCUGUCGGAAUUUUUGGGAUUUGGGAUUUUUCCCCCCAAAAAAAUUCCCAAAAUAAUCCGGGAUCAACUCGGAAUUCCGGGACGAGAUGCAGGAGAGCUACGAGAGCGUCAUUUCCUUGGCCGAGGAGAUCGCCAUCAGCUGGCCGCGGAUCACCGCCUUCGCCGAAUCGCACCGGAGACGCGGCCUGGGCGCCGACGCCGUCCCGCCCUCACCGAGCGACAACGCCGAGCACGAGCCGCCUCCAAACCCGCUGGAAAAACCCCAAACCCCCGGCACGCCGCCGCCUCCCCACCCCAAACCCCCCCCGAGCCCCAGCGGCGCCAAACCCGCGACCCCAAAACCUCCACCCCAACCCCAAAAAAACCAAAUCCGGCUUGAAGAAACUCCACCUGCGCUGCCACGACUGCGGCAAAGCUUUGGCGCUGCCCAAACGCCGGCGCGGGGCGGAACGACCCCAUAAAUGCCCGGAGUGCGGGAAGAGUUUUAGGUUGGGCUCGAGUUUGGUGACGCACCAAAAGCGGCAUUUGGGGGAAAAUCCCUACAAAUGUCCCGACUGCGGGAAAUCCUUCAGCGUGGGCUCGGCGUUCAUCCAGCACCGGCGGAUCCACGCCGGCGCGGCGCCGUGCCGCUGCGGGGUUUGCGGGAAGAGCUUCCCGGCGAGUUCGGGGUUGGUGAAGCACCAAAAGGUUCACGCGGAGGAGAAACCCUACAAAUGCGGCGAUUGCGGCAAGGGGUUCAACUGGAAUUCCCACCUGGAGCGCCACCGGAGGAUUCACACCGGGGAGAAACCCUACGAGUCGGAGUGCGGGAAGAGCUUUUCGUGGAGUUCCCACCUGGAUCGGCACCGGCGAACCCACGCCGCGGCCGAACCCGCCCGGCGCUGCGCCCAGUGCGGGGCGGCGUCGCCGGAACAGCCCAAAAUCCCAAAAAACCCCAAAACCGGCAAAAAACCGGCGGAGAAACCGCAUAAAUGCGCGGAGUGCGGGAAGGGUUUUGGCGUGGCGGCGGCGCUGGCGCAGCACCGGCGCGGCCACGCUCCCGGCAAACCCUACGAGUGCCGGGAAUGCGGGAAAAGCUUUUCCUGGAGCUCCCACCUGGAUCGGCACCGGCGAAUCCACAUGGGCGAGAAACCCUUCCGCUGCGGCAGCUGCGGGAAGAGUUUUUCCCAAAGCUCCCACCUGGAGCGGCACCGGAAAAUCCACCGGGAGCCGUGCCGGGAGUGCGGAAGGAACGAGGGGAGGAAAGAAGGGAAAAGCUUCCAAAAGCGCUGCCGGGUUUCGGGAGGGGAGGAGAGAUGCGGCGAGUGCGGGAAAAAUUCGGGUUCGGCGCCGGAUUUGGGGGCGAAUCUGAAGGAUCAAGGCACCCAAACCGGUGAGAAACCCUUCGCGUGCCCGGAGUGCGGCAAAAGCUUCGGGCAGAACGCGGCGCUGGCCAAGCACCGGCGCGUCCACACGGGUGAGAAGCCCUACAAGUGCGCGGAGUGCGGGAAAAGCUUCGGCGUGCGCUCCAACCUCAUCAAGCACCAGCGCACGCACCUCGGCGAGAAACCCUACAAGUGCCCCGAGUGCUCCAAGGGCUUCAUCCAAAAAUCCGACCUCACCAAGCACCGGCGGAUGCACACCGGGGAGAAGCCGUACGAGUGCCGCGAGUGCGGGAAGCGCUUCAGCGUCUCCUCCAACCUCAUCAAGCACCAGCGGAUCCAUCUUGGGGAGAAACCCUUCCAGUGCUCCGAGUGCGGCAAGAGCUUCAUCCAGCGCUCCGAGCUCACCAUCCACCGGCGCGUCCACACCGGCGAGAAGCCCUACAAGUGCCGCGAGUGCGGGAAGUGCUUCAGCCGCAGCUCGCACCUCAACCGGCACCGCCGCACCCACGGCAAAGCCGCCGCCGCCGCCGCCUUCCCUCCUUCCUCCUCCUCCCUCCCUCCUUCCUCCUCCUCCCUCCCUCCUUCCUCUUCCUUCCCUCCUUCUUCUUCCUCCUCCUUCCCUCCUUCCUCCUCCUCCUUCUCUUCUUCUUCCUCCUCCUCCUCCUUCUCUUCUUCCUCCCCGUCCUUCUCCUCCUCCUCCUCCUCCUCCUCCUCGGCCUUCCCGGCCUUCCCGGCCUCCUCGCCCUUGGAGCUGCCCUGGGCGCUGGCGCUGCCGGGCCGGGCGUUCCCGGGGUUCCCGGUGGGUAAUUAGGGAGGGGGGUUAAUU